UCGCCCAAUCUCUCUGUACGUCGUCGUUCGGUUCGGUUGGUUUGGUUUAGGUCGCGUCCGAAAUUGUUUAAAAAGUGCGGAAUUUCCGUUGAUUUUGGUUCCAAUUUUACGCGUAUAAUGCUCGCCGAGUGUCCUGGCAAAGGAGACCCACAGAGCAAGUGGCACCCACGGCAUCAGCAGCAGCAGCAACAGCAGAGGGCACCUAGCAAACAUAUGUUCGACUAGAAGCUUAUAUCAGCGGCCACCGGGUGCGCGCGUACCGUAUAAUGUGUAUCUCUUGCUAACGACCAGUGAUGUGAAUGAUGAUGAUGAUCCAGAAACUGCAGCAAUGAUGUAGAACGUGAAUUUGCAAAAAUAAAAAAAAGAGUGUGCAUAUCUCUUAAAGUGCAGCAGCAGCCGCAGCAUCAAGUAGUGCAGUCAGCAAGUGAUAUCGUAUCGUGAUAUCGUGGUUACGCUUGUGUGCGUCCAGUGUCUGUGUGUGACUAGUGAAAAUAAAGGCAAAAUAUCUACACCAGCCAACGGCGAAAGGCAGAACCAGUUUUUCUCCUCCUGCAUUAUCAAUUUUCUUCUCGCGUGUGCAGUAAUAUAUAUAUAUACAUGUUUUGUGUUGCAUUUUAUCUUCCGAAACACGCGUCUUGUGCUUGUUCCGCGUAUGCAAGAGUGUUUUAUCCCGAUAUCUCAGUGUGUUAGUGGCUGGGUGUACGUGUGACGUGAAGGGAGGCCUUUGUUUGCUAUCAGCCCCGUGGUUACAUAUCCUCACAUCUCCUGCUAUCGAAUGCGAGAAAACACGGCAAUAAAUGACUGAUCGAAAAUUGCCAAUUAGUCUGUCGGACCACAGCGAGUUCGGAAUCAAUCACGGAUCUGCGGCCAUCAUCGGUGGUGGCGGGGUCAUUGGCAGCGGCAGCAUUGUUGGCCUCGGAGUGGGAGUCGGCGGUUUGUCAGGUCUAGGAGGAAUUGGAAUCUGCGGAGCAACAACGGUAGCGGCGUCGGUGACCGGAGGUGGCAGCAGCGGGAAUGUCAGCAACAAGCAUGCCAUCGCACGUCUGAAGCACACCAAUUCCUUAACUGCCGGCCUACCACCGGAACUAUACGACAAGGGCAACCGCCUAUCGCAUUCCAGUGAUACCAGCCAGGCAGACACGAUGACGUCCGUCACUAGCUCAUCGCUCGACUCGGACGAGGUCGACCUUUCCGGGCUGGUCGAAUCGGUGGUGGACUCCGACGAGGAGGAUAUCGCGGAAAGCAUCGAUAGCUUAAGUGUUCGCGAUACCGUACGGGAAUGCCUGGAGAAGGAUCCGAGCGAUCGUACGAUGGACGAUAUCGAGAUAUUGCUUGAGUUUACGCAAAAGUUAAAGGCUUUCACCAAUAUGACAUUUGCCGUGAGGCGGGCACUGUGCUCGGUUAUGGUGUUCGCCGUGGUCGAGAAAGCCGGGACCAUUGUGAUGAACGAUGGGGAGGAGCUGGAUUCGUGGAGCGUGCUCAUUAACGGGCAUGUGGAGAUCGAGCAUGGCAAUGGGGAGAUGGAAUAUCUGCAUAUAGGGGAUAGUUUCGGCAUUUUGCCGACAAUGGAUAAGCUUUAUCAUCGGGGAAUUAUGAGGACCAAAUGUGAUGAUUGUCAGUUUGUGUGUAUCACUCAGACGGAUUACUAUCGGAUACAGCAUCAAGGGGAGGAUAAUAUUAGGAAAAUCGAGGAAGACGGCCAUGUAGUGGUGGUUACGGAACUUCGGAACAGUACAGGAGAGAAUGGAUCACGCAAGGGAUACGUUGUCAUUCGAGGUACGGUCGACCGGUUGACACAGCAAUUGAUUGAGGACACUACCCAGACGGAUCCGAACUAUGUGGAAGAUUUCCUGCUAACGUUUCGGACGUUCAUCAGCGAUCCGAUUGACGUAUCGAAGCAGUUGCUGAAGUGGUUCAACGUGGAUGGGACUGAAGAUGGGAAUGACCUUAUCGACGCAAUGCAUCAAGCUUCGGCGAACGACAUAUGUGAUCGUGUUACGAGGGUAGUACUGCUGUGGGUGAACAAUCAUUUUACCGAUUUUGACACCGACCCGCAGAUGAUGGAAUUUUUGGAAAUUUUCGAGUCUGCAUUAGAGAAGAAAAAUAUGCUGGAACAGCUACGGUUAUUGCACGUGUAUGCUCAGCAUAAUGCUAGGGAAAGGAAUGUUACCUUGGCGAGGAGUUCACGGGAUGAGGAUUUGAAUUUUCAAAUUUCCGGUGGACCGGGCGGUAUUUUCAUCACCAGAGUCGAACCGAAAACGAAAGCCUACGAUGUUGGUUUGAAAAGAGGCGAUCAAAUACUGGAAGUCAAUGGACAGAACUUUGAGCAUAUCACGUGUGUACGAGCUAUGGAGUUAUUGAUGGGAACUACUCACCUGAGCAUAACGAUAAAGAGCAAUCUGUGGGCAUUCAAGGGGAUGCUGUCGAAUGCCGACGGAGAUUCGAGCAAGUUGAAGAUCGAUUUGAAGAAAGGCUUACGAGCAGAUUUACUGCAAUCGCAAAAGUCCCUGGAUCUGGUAGACAAGGCUGGUUUCCUGCCGAUUCCACAGUUUCUUAUGCCACUGCCGGUACGGGAUGACUACGGUCGAAAGGAUUCCGGUGCGUCGACACCAUCUUCGUCGCAUAUGAACAAUAAUAAGGGUAGCUUUAUGACGCUGGGCGGUAAGAAACGUCUUCAGAAGGCUCUUAUUAAGAUGAAUCUACUUCCGAAGAAUAUGGCAUUGCAGGACGACAGCAUCAACAAUAAUAGCAACAACAAUAGCAGUAGCAAUUACGACAGUAGUGACCGGUCCUCCGGGAUCAGCGUGAAUCUCUCCUCGCAGGCGUCAUCCAUUUCGACGUCUUCGAUAACAACCGCCGAUUCGGACGAGACUCCACCGACGUCGACGUAUCAAAGCAAUCCGGACCUAAGGGAGCAUCACCAUACACCAGCGAAAACUCUUUCAACUGAGGCAAUCAUUCCAAAAAGCGGCACCCUCUACUACGAGGAACUUCGAGCCAGCGAUUAUCCUGAACAUAUUCUCAAAGUUUACAAAUCGGAUCAAACGUGCAAAUAUUUACUAGUGCAUAAGGAGACCACGGCACAUGAGGUGGUUAUGCUGGCGCUGCAAGAGUUUGGCAUUCAUGAUCCCAGCUCAAACUUUUCGCUUUGCGAGGUUAGCGUAGGGGAAGGCGGAAUGAUCAAGCAAAGGCGGCUGCCGGAUCAGCUGCAGAAUCUCGCCGAGCGGAUCGGGUUGAGUUCGAGGUAUUAUCUGAAGACGAAUGGAAUCACUGAAACCCUGGUACCUGACGAUGUCGCACCGGAGUUGAUCCGUGAGAGUGCGGUACAUUUUUUGCAGCUAAACGCAAACGAGCUGGCCAUUCAGCUGACGUUGCAAGAUUUCUCGAUAUUCAGGCAGAUAGAAUCUACCGAGUAUGUCGAUGAUCUGUUCAGCUUGAAGAGUCGCUAUGGUAAGCCGAUGUUGGUGAAGUUUGCCGAGCUAGUCAAUAGGGAAAUGUUUUGGGUCGUGACGGAGGUUUGCAGCGAGCAUAACAUGAUGCGGCGGUGUAAAAUUAUCAAACAAUUUAUCAAGAUAGCGCGACACUGUAAGGAAUGCAAGAACUUCAAUAGCUUGUUUGCAAUAGUUAGUGGGCUGGGACAUGCGGCGGUGUCGCGAUUGAGGCAGACGUGGGAGAAGUUACCUUCCAAAUAUCAGAAGCUGUUCAAUGACUUGCAGGAACUGAUGGAUCCAUCGAGGAAUAUGUCGAAGUAUCGCCAGUUGAUACAAACUGAGCUGAAUGCUCAACAUCCGGUCAUUCCGUUUUAUCCCGUGGUGAAGAAAGAUCUCACAUUCAUUCACCUGGGAAACGAUUCCAAGAUAGAUAGUCUGAUUAAUUUUGAGAAACUACGAAUGAUUUCCAAGGAAGUAAGGACCCUGCUGCAAAUGUGCAACUCACCGUAUGACAUUCUUACAAUGCUUGAGUUGAAAUGUCAGCCACCGAGUUCGGCCAUGGUUGCGCUGAAUCAAAUGUCGGUUCCAUCCAGCGGGAAUCUGAUGAUGCCUCCACCGCAGCCUGCGGUACACAGUCAAACAGUAAAGCGAAGAAAAAAGUCGACGGCUGCACCCAAUCCGAAAAAGAUGUUCGAGGAAGCUCAAAUGGUAAGAAGAGUGAAGGCUUAUCUGAACAACAUGAAAGUCACCACCGAUGAGGAUGAACUACACAAACUGUCGCUCGAGUGCGAACAACAAGGAGGCAGUACACCGAACAAUGUGCAGGUGAGAAAACGCUAUCCUUCUCCCACGCUCUCCACAACAUCGAGUACUAGCUCCACUAGCGAGGGCAAAAAGGGAGCACUAGGUCUUGGCAUGAGUAGUCUCUCAAUAGGAAGCUCCGGCAGCGGCAAUAGUGGAGCGCCCAAGUUCGGAGCCGCAUCACCACAGGCAGUGAAGAAACUGCUCUCACUCUCAGAACAAACCAAAACUCGACCUCAUCAACCACGACAUCCAUCGGUAGGAGCGGUAUUGCCGCCUCCAUUGAACAACAUCCAUCAUCAUAGUCAGCUUGCGCAUCAUAACAAUUUGUCCCAUUUCCACCAUACCCAUCACACACCGUAUCAUCAUCACGCCGGUAUCUCGAUAAGUCCUUCGCAUGCUUCCAGCGGUAGUCAGUGCUGCAUUGGUAGUGGCACUGGUGGUGGUUCCGGCGGUGGCGUCGGACCACCACACCAAUAUCCGAAUACUCAUCCGAGCUAUGCGGUUUCCAGCGGAAUUCACUUAUCCAACAUGCACCCCACUCCACCCAACUAUAAUGCCACCAUGUCGAUGUACCCGAACGGACGACCCACGGUUAUGUCCAGCCGGAUAUUGGAAAGCUCCGUGGACUCCACUAGUCAACUGCCACCACCGAUGGAACUCCCACCGGAGAGCAGCUCCUUCCGUAGUCCUCCCAAUUAUGCGCAAGCAGCACACCGACGAAUCACCGGUAAUAGCACGGUUCUAUCAUCCUACCCGACGCCGCAUCAGAACUUUGGUUCGUCCUCCCGUAUCAUAGCCGCCGUUGGAAUCUCUCCCAUCACACCCACCUACGUACCGCCGGGGGUAAACGCCAUCUCGCCGAUGUACACGGGCAACGCGGGCAGCACUGGGAACGCAAACGCCACCGUUGUUACCGGAACCAAUAACAGCAACCUUCCGCCGGCCAUUCCCGCUCGAUUGCACGAAUCCAGUGGGAUGCCCCUCUCGAUCGAAUCGCCGCCACCGUUGCCACCGAGUAUAGACCUCUCGGUCGAGAGCAGUUCGGUGACCGUAAUCAGCAAUGCAGCUCCCGCGAGACCACCGUCGUAUACUCAAUAUCCGUCGCAAGCGUUCCACAAUCAUAUCUCUAGACCGCGGGGACCAAGGUUUUAGAUGGGAUCUUGUGCAGCACUCGUUCCAGAGGUCUCUUGUUUCGUUGUUGGAUAGUUUAUAGUAACCGCAGAGCUGUAUAAAGUCCUAGGAUAAGUAGAACGGAUCAUAGAUAUUUUGCAAAGAAAAUGAAAGAUAGGUAUUUACACUUUGUAGCGAGUUGGGCUGGGCUGUACGUUUAAGAGAAUGGUUAAACAGAUAAUCAAACGAAAGAUGCCGGUAUAGUCGCUAUGAUAGGAGGACAAAUAAUGCGCAGGUGUGCGAAUCGACGUGUAUAUGUGUUGGAUGUACAAUUUGUGCGGUUUGUGCGGGUGUACUACAAAAGCGAGAACAGUGCUCAGUUUCGUCAAGAUUUGUCAAAUUAUUUUGUGUUUUCCAUAUUAAUAUACAGUGUGGUGCCCGUUCACCGGUCGACCUUCAUUCACGGCUCAUUUAAAUUAAAAAAGUUCCCAAAAUGAGCGUUUAACUAUUUAAUUUAGUUUAUUUUUGUAGUGAAUUGAGAAUUGAUCGUUAUUGUGUCUCCAUUCACCGCUUAUUAUGUUUUCGACAAUAAUGCAGUAGGUUAAAUGUGAUCAGUAGGCAUCUUAAACGAGUUAUUUAGUGACUCUAUAUGACUCUAUAUGACUGUAUAUAAACUUAAAUACGACCUAUAGUUUAUAACGAAUGCGAGUUUUUAGACAAAAACUUACACCUCAAUAACUUACAAACCAUACACAAGUGGAAAUUAAUAUAAGGACACUUCGAAGACUUUAUCUCCUCCCAAAUCUAAGAAUCAGAGGAAUUCGUUUCUAAAAAGUCAUAAGCAGAUCAAAUCGCUAGAAGUUCUCGAGCACCACACAAAUCAUUGAUUGAUCAGCGAUGAUCCACGAUGAUUUAGACUAUGUGAUCAUCGUUGAUCCACCAAUGAUUUUUGUGAUGUUCGAGAACUUCUAGCGAUUGGAUCUGCUUAUAACUGCUUAUUUGAACGACCUAACUCUUUGAUUAUUUUGGUGCCACAAUAAUUGUUGACAUGCUAAAUAAUGUUUCGAAAAUGACCAAUUUCCUAUACAUUUUUGUAUGGCGCCCUUAUACAUAUUUAUUUCCGAAGAAGAAAAUCACAUUUCCAUUUAUUUCUCCUACGUACAUGAUGCAAUUGGUUCUUUUCUUAGGCUCGUAUUGUAGCAUGAUAAUGUGGCUUCCAAACAAACAUGAUAUAGAAUUCCUCUGAUUCUUAGAUUUGGGAGGAGCCAUGGUUUUUAAUGUGUCCUUAUAUUAAUUUCCACUAGUAUAUAAUCGAAGACAACAAAUCAAGAAGACUGGCAACUUUGCCAAAAUCCAAGCGACAGAUACAAUAGCGCUGCGCUUGAGUGAAGGUGGAAGCAACGCAUAGAAAAAUGAGCAAAUACACAAACCUUUCUUCUGAGAAUGUAAUCUUUGCUAUCAAUUUCGUUCGAAGCAUUUACCUUUGAGCGGCAUAGUGUUCGUAUGAGAAAAUGGAAGAGUUGCCAGUCUUUUUGAUAUGAUGUCUUCGGUAUAAUGCAGCAUUAAUAGUCCAGAAAAGAUAGAAAAUUCAAACAGUAAGUAUUUACUCUACGACAUGCGCGGUGAAGGGAACCCCUGCUACAGGUACUAAUAUGUCUUGAAAUAAAUUUUAACAGCAUUGUUUUUGAUGUUUUACAUUUUUUAACCUUCAACCUAGUGGCAAAAUAUGCUCAACAUAUUUAUGAAAAAUAAUUUUACUAACGAUGUGUACUUGAUUUUGCUCUAAAGUGAGCGGUUCCAUAUCAUGUGUUCAUGUUGGUGGUGUUAUACAGCUUUUCCCCGAAGAACGCGUUACCCGCUGAGUUCUACCCACCGCUUUGUCUCGAGUAACUAGUUCUCCAUUGACACUACUCACAUGCAAAAAAUCAGACCGACUAGUUAAAACCCCGCCGAGAAAAAGCGGUGGGUGCAACUCAGUGGGUAACGCGUUCUUCGGGGGAUAGCUGUAGUCACUUUAGCACAAUUUAGGUUAUUCGGGACUUGUCCGUGGAUGAUGCUAACCACUAGCAGAGCUUGUAGUACCCACGAAUCUCUCAAUGCAACUUUUUUUUUUUAAAUAUAAACACCC